AUGGACCCCAAUAUCACGAAAGCUCUGAACGACAAGCUCUACGACAAGCGGAAAAGCGGUGCCCUCGAGCUCGAAGGUCUCAUCCGCGAAUCGCUCGCCGCUGGAGAUUUCGACAGGAUACAGCGUAUCGUCUCCCAGCUCUGUCAUGAAUAUGCAUACGCCGUUCACCAACCGCACGCUAGAAAUGGCGGACUCAUUGGGCUGGCUGCGGCCUCGAUAGCGUUGGGACCGGAAGUAGCUCGCUAUCUCGAGGAGAUCGUCCCUCCCGUGCUCGCCUGUUUCACAGAUCAAGAUGCCCGUGUUCGAUACUAUGCGUGUGAGAGCAUGUACAAUAUCGCGAAGGUAGCCAAGGGAGAAAUUCUAGUCUACUUCAAUCAGGUCUUCGAUGCUCUCUGCAAGCUUGCGGCCGACAACGAACUCUCCGUCAAGAAUGGCGCAGAACUGCUUGAUAGGCUGAUCAAAGAUAUUGUAGCCGAGUCGGCGGCCUCCUACGUCUCCAUCCUACACGCACCAGAAGAUAUCGCAGGCGAAGGUGGCUCUGAUGAAGAAAAGCCAGCCCAUGAACUCCCCACUGCGUUCUCGCUCGAACGAUUUCUGCCCCUUCUCGAGGAGCGCAUAAAUGUUCUUAGUCCCUUCACUCGCAUGUUCCUCGUGGCAUGGAUAACACUGCUUGACUCUAUACCUGACCUGGAGCUCGUUGCAUAUCUACCGCGGUUCUUAGGCGGUCUCUUCAAGUUUCUCAGCGACGAAAACCAGGAUGUCUACACGGCUACACAAGCGGCCUUGGAUCGAUUUCUCAGUGAAAUUAGGAAAAUCGCGCGAAUAAAGCGUGGAAUAGCAGAAAGCAAAAAGAGUCAAGCAGACGAGUUCAAUAAGUCCACGUCCAGCUUUCGUAGCGGAGCUGAAAUGGACAGCGACACAGAGAGUAGUGCAAUUACGGACCGGCAAGGUUCCUCAGAAGAGAAGCAUGACGAAGACAAUGAUAGCGCCUCGAUAGCGAUCGAGGAUGACAAGUCAGCCAGCGGCGACGGUGAUUGGAUGCCAGGGCAAGACGUCCAGGUCGACCAUCCCAAGAUCCUAGAAAUUCUAGUCAAGUUUCUAGAGGCGCCGUUUGGCGACAAAGAAGCCGAGAACCACGAGAUACUGCUCACGACCCUGCGAUGGAUCGAUAGCUUCUUCGAGAUCUGCCCCGAAGAGAUCAUGCCGUUUGUUCCAAGCCUACUCACCUACGUCCUGCCCAGAAUGUCGCACGACCUGGAGUCCAUUCGCCAGGCUGCGAUCAAAGUGAAUGCUUCGCUUAUGGACUACAUAAUGUCACUCUCCGACGAUAACCGUCGGCCUGAUGGCAGCACUGGCGGUCAAAUACAACUACCUACGUCCCUAUCCGCUCUCGGAAAGGAGCUCACCGGGGCUGAACGUCGAGAUUCGAAUCUGUCUGCACGUUUACUGAAGACCGUGAUUCAGGAUAGAACGGACGUGAGGUCCGUUGACAGUAAGGGAACCCGGACACCCACCCCGGCCGAAGAGCGUGGUCCCUCGCCGCAGAAGAUCCCAGAGCUCGACUACCAAGCGGCUGUCAACGCUCUCACUCUUCAAUUUCUCAAUGAACAUGAGGCAACUCGCGUAGCCGCAAUAGCGUGGCUGAUAAUGCUGCACAGAAUGGCGCCGGGCAAAAUACUAUCAGUCGAAGACGGGACCUUUCCUGCCCUUCUCAAAACGCUCUCCGAUCCAUCCGAAGCGGUUGUGACCCGCGAUCUCUUGCUUCUGUCGCAAAUCUCGAAGAACAGCGAUGAUUCAUAUUUCACUUCUUUCAUGGUUAACCUCCUGAAGUUGUUCUGUACGGACCGUCGACUACUGGAAACAAGAGGCAACUUGAUCAUUCGUCAACUAUGCGUUACUCUAAGUGCAGAACGAAUAUACCGUACGAUGGCGGACUGCCUUGAGAAAGAUGAGGAUGUCGAGUUUGCCAGCAUUAUGGUGCAGAACCUCAACAACAACCUCAUCACAGCUCCAGAGCUAGCCGAUCUUCGCAGAAGACUUCGCAACCUGGAUUCCAGAGAUGGCCAAUCGUUCUUCGUAUCCUUGUUCAAGUCGUGGUGCCACAAUGCAGUUGCCACAUUUUCAUUGUGUCUCCUAGCUCAAGCGUAUGAGCAAGCUUACCACCUUCUUCAAAUCUUUGCCGAUCUCGAGAUGACAGUCAACAUGUUAAUCCAGAUUGACAAGCUCGUUCAACUACUUGAAUCCCCCGUUUUCACCUACCUCCGCAUGCAGCUCCUUGAGCCGGAACGAUACCCGUAUCUCUAUAAAUGCCUCUACGGCCUCCUCAUGUUACUACCCCAGUCUUCUGCUUUUGCAGCACUCAAAAAUCGAUUGAAUAGCGUUUCUGCCAUCGGCUACCUCCACAUGGUGCCCCGCGGGUAUGUUCCUACCUCCAAUUUCAACCACUUAAGACAAAAGAGCUCAGAGACCGGUUCUCCCAGUGCCCCUUCCAGUACCCUUGGAAACACCGGAUCCAGCUUCGAGCGGCCGAAUCGACUCAAGGCCAGAGACGAGGGCGGCGUUAAAUGGGUGGAGUUGCUCGACAAGUUCAAAAACACGCAGGAGCGGGCGCGGAAGAAUGCGAGAUUGGCGAGUCUCGGCGAGGAUGUUGGUGUCGGCAUAAGCCCGGUAGAGAAGGAGAGGGGCCCGCCGGAAGUGCCGCCCAAGAACGUGAGGUUGUCUGGACCUGCGGCUCACGUUGGUCGGCCUUUACCAGCGGCUGCGGGACAACCAGCUCCCGGACACAAACCACGAGGUAGCUUGGGUGGGCUGGGUAGAUUUGCUGGUGGCGUGGCAGGGCGAAAGAAGAAGUAA